AUGGUGAGGGCACCUUGUUGUGAGAAAGUUGGGUUAAACAAAGGGAAAUGGACUGCUGAAGAAGAUGAAUUACUGGUAAAGUAUAUUCAAGCUAAUGGAGAAGGUUCAUGGAGGUCUCUUCCCAAGAAUGCUGCAACCAUGGGAACUGUUGAGGAGAUUCCCGGUUUACGUGGUUGGGUAGAAAAAUUGUUAACAAUUUCUCCUAUGGAAGUAAGGUCUUGGAAGGUUUCCCAUUCAAGGUGUGAGUGCUGGUCAAUCACGACUUCAAGGCAUUCUCUAGCAAGAGCUCAGGAAAUAAUAUUGAGUUCUUCAUCAAAAAGAAAAGUCGAUAGACCACAGGAUUCUAAAGAUGAAGAAGAGCGGGGUGGAAACUCAUUGGUUCGUAGGCUACGGGCCAGAAGAUGUGUCAUUUCGAAUGACGAAGCUACUCCUCCCCCUCGUCCUAUUUCUAUGGUCGAGCCUGAAGAAGCCACUUUAGUGAGUUCUGAUGAAGCUACACCUGCAGCACCCCGUGAUCCUGCUGAACACCUUUUUUCUUGUGGGUUUGAUAAUGAGAAUUUUGGCUUGAUUUCCGAGGAAACGCCUCUUGCCUCUUUUCCAGUGUCUGUUCCAAUGGAACCCCAUUUAUCUACUCCUUCCGUUGUUGUUACUGCUCCGCCUAAAACUAUUUUGACUUCUUCGUUCGUUCCUACUACUUCUACUGCUAGUGCAAAAAUUGGUUCUUCAAGUGGAAGCAGAUCAAUGAAGCAGAUUACCAUUGAGAUUCCUGCCGAUAGUAAUCUUUUGAAGAAGUCAGGUCAGGCCGACGUGUGGUUCAAACCCUUAGUAGGCCCGGUUGAGAAGUCAAAACUGGAAAGUCAUAGUUCUUUAACUUGUAUGAACGACAUUGUGCAGUCAUCUUUGAAGGUACAAACUCCUCCUUUUUAUCUUAUGUGA